ACACCAACUUCCAAAAUUGCUGUAAAACUAAUUAUAAUUCUUUCUCAUUGGCCAGGAUAUUCUUUGCACUAAACGACACGAGACAAGUCAGGGCAUUUCAAAGAAAUGGGAAAUCAAAACUGCUGUGCUUGUGAAACUGAAACUGGGAACUGAGUCCACACUGUAAAUACAUGAUCUUCUGAGCUAAUACUGUUGCUCAACUAGCAAUAACAGUCUUAGACAAUCGUCAAAACUUAAAAAAACAAUGAAGACUACAGCAGUUUUUGUUUUUCUUUCCUGUCUGCUUCCAAUGGAAGUACAAGGGCACAAGUUUCCCAAAGUCAGGUGCAUCUGUGCUGACAAAGGAGUGAAUGGAGUGAAUGGGAGACAGGAGAUUAUUGUCAAUCUGAAGAGCACAGAACGGAAAUGCUUGAAUCCAGAGUCUAAAUUCACACAGAAUUUAAUCAAGAGGGUUCUUGAAAAGAUGGCCCGGCAGUAGAUGCUUAGUGCAAGACUGGAUUAGUUGCUGUGUUAUAAUGCCAAUGAAGAACAUCCUCAGACGCAAUAUGACCUCUAGCUGACAGUUUGCAUAUUGCAUGAGUUUCUCUAGAACACAUAUUUAGUUUAAACUGUAAAUAUUUUCUGCUUGAUAAUUUAUGCAACCGAUUGUGAUAUAGUAAUUGUAAAUUUCAAAUGAUAAAAUUAUAAAAACAAAUUUAAAUAUAUAUUUAAUUUUGUAUCUAAUUUUACUUUCAUGUUCAUAAAACAAAUAAACACUGUUAUUGCUGUUGUACAGUCCACUUAUGGUGUUUAUAAUUUCAU